AAAUCAGUACACGAUUAGUAUCAGAAUGGCAUCGACGUUGAUACUGUUUAUUUUGUUUAUUGGGUGCAGUAGCGGGCAUCCCAUAGAUGAUUAUGAUCCAAUUAAUUUCCCGAUGGAAAAUCCAGACUUAUUUGGAGGAGACAUGCUGGGAUUUGAUUCCGAGGAUCGUAGUGCCAUAGUGGACAACAGGCAGUUAUGGGAAAGGGGUGUCGUUCCAUUUGUUGAGGAUCCUGGUUUGAAUAAAACAGUCAUCAGAUGGAUUCUUCAAAAAGCUUUUGAUCAAUACCAAAAAAACACCUGCAUCAAGUUUGUUCCCAGAACUACAGAGAAAGACUACAUUCGACUCUUUCCCGGACAAGGGUGUUAUUCGAAUGUUGGCAAAACAGGGGGUGCGCAACCCGUUUCGUUGGGAGAAAAUUGCGGAUGGGAAGGAGCGAUUGUUCACGAGCUGGGGCAUGCCAUUGGAUUUUAUCACGAGCAAAACAGAUCUGAUAGAGAUAAGUACAUAAGAAUUCUGUGGCAGAACAUCAGAACAGGAAAAGAAGAUCAGUUCUUCUUAUUAAAGCCUCACGAGAAUCAGUUAUUGACGUCCUUCGAUUAUGAAUCCAUCAUGUUGUACGGAUCCUUGACAUUUUCUAAGGACUGGAGGGCGAAAUUGAGGACCAUGGAAACUUUGGACGGAGGCUGGCUAAAAGAUCCCAUGUCCAAAGGAAAGCUCAGUCAGAAAGAUAUUCAAAGAAUCAACAUGUUAUAUAAAUGUCCUUAGUUGUAUAAAUGACUUCAAUGUGAAUGUUUCAUGAAACGAUAAAGAGUAUUUCAGAAGUA